AUGCACUUCUCUACACUACCACUUCUCGCGACUUUUGCGUCCUCGGCAAUUGCUGCGGCGACGCCGAAGCCACCGGCGUUCUUCCUCGCUGGAGACUCGACGACUGCUGUGCAAUCCGCCGGCGGAGGAGGCUGGGGCGCUGGCUUCCUCAACACGACCCUCCAGAACGGCGCAACAGGAAAGAAUUUUGGCCACAAUGGCGCCACAACGGUCUCCUUCCGCGAGGGCGGCGACUGGGCCAACGUGCUGGCAGCAGCCAAAGCAGCCACAGCAAAGUACACAGCCUACGUGACGAUACAAUUUGGGCAUAAUGAUCAGAAAAAAGAAAAAAACAUCACCAUGGCCGACCUGACCGCCAACCUGAUCAAGUUCGUUGACGAAGUGCGCGGCGUGGGCGCAACCCCAAUUGUGGUGACGAGCGUGAGCCGCAGGAAGUUCUCCAGCAGCACGGGGAAGGUGCAGGAGAGCCUGGCUGACGUGACUGCCGCUGCGAAGGAGGCUGCUACCAAGUCCAAGGCGGAUAUCAUCGACCUCAACGGCGCGAGCACAAAGUACUUGAACAGCAUUGGAGCGACUAAUGCUGCGACGUACAACUUGAACCCUACCGACUUCACGCACAUGAACGCCGAGGGAAGCGUCGUGUUUGGAAACCUGGUGGCAAUGCUGAUCGAUACCGAGGUGCCGGAGGUGAAGACGUACGUUGUGCCCGUCAAGACUGUAGAGACUGCGUUGGAGGCGGGAAAGUACAUUUUCCCUGCGGUUAAAGCUUAG